UAGGAUGGAUAACUCGUGCCCCUCUUCUAGCGAUUGGUUGGCACUGGAAUGGGAGCAGGAGGAAGGUGGUAACUGUAGUAUAAAAAGAACAAUAGUCACUGGGUUUCCACCUCCCUUUGUGUUUAUCGCUAAUGAUGAUUUUGAAGAUCUAGUCCGUACCUUGUCGUUCAUCUUAUACUGCCCAACGGUACGUAUUGGACCACCAAUUAUCCUCUUGGAUGGCGAUCAGACGUGGGACAAGAUUCCAGAGUGGUUGAAGAUGUGUCUUCGAGUCCUCAACGGAUUAUCUUCAGCUGCACUUCUCUGCUGCCUGCUCACGUUCGUCAUGUUCAAAGAGCUCCGUAACACCCAUGGUAAGAAUGUCCUGAGCCUUGUAGUUGCAGGGUUGCUGUCUCUCUGUUACACAUCAGGGUACAUCCCACUUGGAACUGAUAAUCCUCAACUCUGUGUUUUCUUAGCUCCUCUCAUCUACUACUUUGUACUUGUACCAAACUACUGGUGGACGGCUGUUGCUAUUUUCCUGGCAUGGACACUUGGCAGGAAAGGUAUUCAUCGCGUCGAUGAAGAUUCUGAAAGCCGUUUCUUCCUUCUCCUCUCUCUCUUUGGAUGGUGCGUACCAUUGCUUUUUUCUCUCCUAGCCGUCUUUUUGCACAUUGGAGGCAUCAAAAUCUAUGACAUCGACGAAUACUGCUGGAUUGUUGAUGGCUGGCCUAAUUAUCUUUUAGCGAUACAAACUGCAGUACCCUUCCUUGUGGACUGUUUCUUGUUUGUUUUGGUGCUUUACAGAUUGAGAGCCACACGACAAGAGUUAGCAUCACUGGACUCGAGAGGAAAGUCAGAUUGGAGGAAUGGCCGUCAGAUAACAAUAAAGAUAGCAGCAAUCUUUGGUGUCUUCUGGGUUCCAUCAUGGAUCAUCUACGUGGCUUUCCUGUUUAAACCCAUCCCUAGUCUAGCCAUCUUCGCACAUCUUCUGAACCAACUCUCGACCUUGAUCCUACCAAUCGUGUUGUGUUGUAACAAACGAGUAAGCGCCCUCUGGAAGGCCAAGUUGGCGCCAUUUAGGGAUCUUCUCAUCACUUCAUUUUCGCCGCGUAACAUUCAAAGCGAUUCUCACAACAAUCAAUCAGACCCGAUUCAGGGUAAUCCUUGCGUUCAUAAGAAUGGGGCUCUAAUUGACGACAAGGAAAUACAGCUCCAUGAAAUAGACGCAAAGCAAUAGUUGUAAAAUAGGGAAACUUAAAGAAAAUUUGACCUUCUAAUAUAAGUAAAACAAUUGAGAAGGUCCUAAAAAUAUCUUUAUUUUUCUUUGCUAUCCUAACAAGACAUCACGUGCAAGUUUUUUAACGAGAAUGUAAGCGAUAAUCACGGUACUUACCUCCUUGUGAUCCUAUGGUGUAUAGGACCCAGGUAGUAAGGGGCAGCAUGUAUAGUACCCCUAGCUCUCAAUGGGGUAAUCCGGCUCCACAUGCCCAAUCCUCUUUACCAUGUCUACAAUAACUUAUUUUUGUAUACAUGGACUAAGUCGAGUACUGGUAAUCAUUGUGUGAAAGGUUGAUUAUGUAGUGCAUUAGGAAUUGAGGAUUGAUGUUUAAUCUGAGGUUUUUGAAUGAUUACAAUGAAAAGAAACGGACUCAGUCUUGCAAAAGAACAUAUGCACUGCACAAGGAAAUUGGAGACUUGGACUGCAGAAAGAUAUUUGGUCCAAAAUUUUCAGUUAUGUCUAAUCAUAUUUCGAAUGAUCUGGUCAUUUUAAGAGCAAUCUUCUGCAGGCAACAUUUCUUCCAAACACCACUUCAAGCUUAAGCUUAAGACGAACCCUUUAUAUAUAUACACCAUGUCAUUAAAAUUAUAAGAUUGUAAAUGCAAAUACUUUACGUUGAUGUGUAUGGAAUAAAUAAACACAAUAUUAAAAGAAUAAAAUGAAACUGACAUACUUAGAAUGAGAAAGCUCACCAAAUAUUUUCUACAUUUUUCCAGAACUUACUCUUUAUUGAAAGAAGCGCAUGUAGUUUGUUUAGUGGCAUUGCUUUCGUAUAGGCUAAAUAAAAAGACAAACUAUGGAACACUCGAAUUUGAUUUACCCUUGUCGUUUUAUUUCUUCGGUGAUGUUACGUAAACAUUUUACUCUCUACGUAUUA